AUGCAUACCCGCCAAGAGAAGAUAACGAUGCUAACAGCCCACGACUUUCCCUCCGCCCACAUAGCCGACACAAGCGGGAUCGACAUUGUCCUGGUCGGCGACAGCCUGGCAAUGGUAGCCCUAGGCUAUGCGGAUACGAGCGAAGUCACACUGGAGGAUAUGCUGCUUCACUGCCGGAGCGUAGCGCGAGGGGCACAGUCAGCUUUCAUCGUGGGUGAUCUGCCCAUGGGGAGCUACGAGAUCUCUCCUGAGCAGGCGCUUAGUAGUGCUAUUCGUAUGGUAAAGGAGGGAAGGGUGCAGGGUGUCAAGAUGGAGGGCGGCGAAGAGAUGGCUCCAAUAAUAGAAAAGGUCACCAAGGCUGGGAUACCGGUACUGGCACAUCGGCAGAACGCGCUCGGUGGGUUCAGGGUACAAGGCAAGAACACAGCUUCUGCCCUUCGUGUCCUUGCCGAUGCUUUAACCGUCCAACAAGCAGGUGCUUUCGCAGUCGUACUGGAAGCUGUACCGCCGCCCGUUGCUACCCUCAUCACAUCCAAACUUCGGAUCCCUACCAUCGGGAUUGGCGCAGGCGCUGGUUGCUCGGGACAGGUCCUGGUGCAGGUCGACAUGCUCGGGAACUUCCCUCCUGGCCGCUUCUUGCCUAAGUUUGUGAAGAAGUAUGGUGAUGUUUGGGGCGAGGCGAAGAGAGCGAUUGAGAGCUAUCGGGAGGAGGUUAAGGGUGGCGUCUAUCCGGGGGUCGAGCAUGGGUAUGCCAUGCCGGAGAAGGAGUUUGAGGAGUUUCGAAGAGCUGUUGAGGACACGAUGAAGUAG